AUGCAGUAUGCUGAUGUGGAGGCCGACUACAUCCGGCAGGAGGCCAGCCAGCAGUUCCAUGCCCACCAACGUGACACCGACCCCCAGGACAUUGCCAAGCUGACGGAGGAGGGGGAGAACAGGCUUGCCAUAGGGCUGCACUAUGGCAUUGCUUACCCUCGCCUGCAUCACGCAGAUCAGUUUGCAAAGGUGCCGUAUGUGCAAGCGCCCAAGCUAGACACUGCCGACGAGCCAGAGGCUGUGGCCAGCGGCAUCAAGGACAAAGACGUGGCCGCCCGGCUGGCUGCGGCGGCGCGGCGCCGACGAGAGCGGUUGGCACAGCAGCGGCAGCAGCAGGAGGGGUAG